AUGACAGACCAACAACUCCGAGACACCCCCACUGCUACUGCUACUGCUACUGCUACUGACUCUCCUCCUCCUGCUGCUGCUGCUGCUGCCCCCGCUGCUCCAUCUUCCCCCGCUCCUCAGGCUGAGCUCAUCCCCGCAGAGGACCCUGAGGAUACUUCCGACAUUGAUCGUUAUGAAAUUGAUUCAGCUCUUGGAUCCGAUGCUGCCAGUUUUAUGUACCCGGACUCGGUGACGGCGAGCAUUCUCGAGUACAGAACCAUUCAAGGGAGAACAUAUCACAGCGAUCGCUAUGCUCAUGAAUAUGUUAUGCCGAAUGAUGAGCAGCAGCUUCAAUCGGUUGACAUCACUCAUCACUACCUCACCAUACUGCUAGAUAACAGCCUCUUCUUGGCGCCCAUAUCGCCUCAUGUCCAGAGAGUCCUCGAUGUCGGAACUGGUUCCGGAAUUUGGGCAAUGCAAGUUUCCCUUCCCACACGCCUCAGCGCUCAAGUCAUCGGCUCAGACCUCUCACCCACCCAGCCUGAAUGGGUCCCUCCAAACGUGCACUUUGAGAUCGCAGACGCAACUCUCACUUGGCCUUGGAAAGACAACUACUUUGACUUUGUCCACAUUCGCUACCUCUUUGGAGGAGUCCAAGACUGGCCUGCCCUCUUCCAAGAAGCAUAUCGCUGCUGUGCACCCGGUGGCUGGGUCCAAUCAUGCGAGGCUGACAUACACUUCUACUCCGAUGACGGAACGACGGACAGCGAGCCUGCACUCCAGAAGUGGGCGGAUCUGUACGAGAAAGGCGGCGCAGCGACGGGGAGGACUUUUUUUCUUCAGCAGGAGGCGCUGCAGGAGAGGAGUAUCACAGAGGCAGGCUUCACCGAUGUCAGGAUAUUUGAUUACAAGCUACCCGUCGGUGGAUGGACCAGUAAUCGGAAGCUUUUUGAGCUGGGCGAGUACGUCAGGUUAACUUUAGAAAACGAUCUCGAGGGAUACACGCUGUAUCUUUGGCAUAACGUGCUCAACUGGCCGAGGGAGGAAUACCCGCAGUUUCUGGCGGCGAUGCGAAAAGCGAUCAGUAGUCGGAAGGUUCAUGGAUACAUGAUGGUGCGGUACGUUUACGCGCGGAAGCCAUGA